AUGGACAACACUUCACAGGACAACGGCCUCAACGACACAACCUGCAACAACACUGACUACAGCUACAAAUUUCAUUUUUUUUCCUUGUUUGGCGAUUUCAGUGUUGGUGAAGUUGGAUUCAUCCAGUUUGUUGGGACAUGCCUAGUCAUUUGUCUCGGCCUUCCUUUGACCCUCGGGGCCAUCUAUGGUCUUUUCUCUCUGGUGAGAAAUGGUGAAGUUGCUCCGAUCUACGUCAUCAACCUUCUCAUCUCUGACCUCAUUCAGUUCUGCUGCAUGAUCGCUGAGGUGGCAGGGCCUAAGAACUGCAACGUGUUCAUUUCGGAGUACUGGAUGAUAUUUCAGGUCUUCAUCUAUAUUUACGACUACAGUCUGUUUGCCAGUGUUGGCUUCAUGGUGUGCAUCGCUCUGGAAAGGUAUUUGGUCAUCGUCCACCCACUGUGGUACCGCUGCAGACGAACCAUCAAGACCUCUGUGCUGGUCUGUGUCCUGGUCUGGAUACUUCCUGUUGUCCAGUUCCUCAUUGAGCGUUUCUAUUAUACUUACAGUUUCCACAUAGUCAUUUACAUCAUAUUUUACCUCCUUCCUCUCCCACUGAUCAUAUUCUUCCUGAUUGCAACCCUCAAAGCCCUGUAUGCUUCCAUCUCGGUCCCAAAUGCCGAAAAAGGACGAAUUGCAGGAAUGUUGAUCCUGGUGCUGCUGAUUUACAUGCUGCUGUUCCUGCCCACCAUCAUUGUGACUGUGUACUGGUACAGUUACUUUAUCAAAACAAAUGUAGACAACCCACAUCUUGAACGUCUCCUCUACCUGGCUCCUAUGUUUCUUAAGUUGAGUCCUCUGGCAGACUUAGUUCUGUAUAUGUUGCUGAGGAAAGGGACCAUACGCCAGCUUUCAGACUGUUUGUGUCGCUGCAGAACAGACAGCAAUGAAAUCAGCUCUGUAACUGUGAACAUGCUGCAGUCAGUUUAUGUGCUCAUCAUGGAUGUUUUACUGAAUGGGACCAAGAGGGACCAGAACCUGGUUCUUUGGACUGUUUGGACCCAAAGAGGGGUCAUGGGCCUUUUACAUGUCUGGACCCAGGGGCCCGUUGAGCCCUCAUUCAUCUAUUCUGGGCUCCAGGUGUGCAGCUCUGCUCUGGACUGCUCUGGCCACGCCCACUCUCUACCUGAAAAGAGGAAGUGUGGAUUAACAUCCACCUGCUGCACGUCACCACUCAGACACAUCAGACGCUGGAGGAGAGAAGUCCUUCUGCUCGUCAGCAGCUUCACAGGGAGGGAGUUCCAGAGGGUUGGGGCAGCAGUGGAAAAGGCUCUGUCCUCAUUGGUGCGGUGCUUGGUCCUGGUGAUGGGGGUCAGAAGACUGGCAUCGGAAGAUCUGAGGUUGCGGGUGGAGGAGUGA